AUGCCCUCAGAACCUCCUUUUGAAAUCCAUCCUGGCAAUUUCUCUCUCAACGUAUCUGGCGUCGCAGGGUUCUUCGGGGGCGAUGAAGCCAUCUCCGCUAUACAGACUAUCCAUCACUACAAGGGCAGAAAGUUCCUGGGAUGGUACAACUCCCCUGGCAGCUGGAACGUCGGCAAGAAGUUUGGAAAGCUCGCAAAAUCCCGUUUCUGGGAUGGGCUCUUCCCUGGGCCCGAUGAAGAACCCGCAAAAUUCUUCGAGCUUGAUGGCAAGCAGGGCCCAAAAUAUGUCGCCUCUAGAUCUGGAUCCAUCCUGGAGUACACCGGCCAUCUUGCGUAUUUGAUAAUGCAGAAGAGCAAGGAGGAGUUAGGAUACCAGGUGGAAGGAAGAGUCACAAAACGGAACAAAGUGACCAUUAUCAAGACGCAACAAGUUUUUGAACCGAAAGAUAAGCCGCCUAAAGAGCAGCUGGUUCGCGACAUCACACCUCGUAGCGGGCUUCACACGCUCGUUGCAAUUCUACCCAUAGCCGUUAGCUUCACCACAUGUGCACUUUGUGGAUGGGCAAACGACUGGUUCUGCUUUUCAAUGAUUCUUCUUGGAAUUAUCUCAAGCGGCAUGUCCUCCCUGGUCAUAGGGUCGGCACGUUUAAAGCUGCAAGGCGUGAAUUCAGCACCUACGGCUCCGCCCGGAGACGGAAUGCUGAUGGACGGCGAUGAUAUCGUCCUCCUGCUCGGGAAAGAGGGAGACGUCGCCACGAUCACGAGGGGCAAGUUCAUUCUUGAAUAUGACCCCUGGGUUAGAAACGAGUAUGCCGAGUUUCGAAGGCCGGGUGAAGAGCCCGUCACAGACGAGUACACUGCCAUUGGAUUGUGUUCGCUCCUGCUCGUCAUACAACUUCUCGGCCAACUCCUCUUGAUACCCCAAGGCACAUUAUUUGGCCAAAUCAUGUUCCUGUCCUCCUUCGCAGCUUCGUGGGUGUACAACUUGUACUUGUCCUCAAUCGACAACGAGUAUAUCCAGGAAAAAAUGAUCCUAGAAGAGCUGGGUCUGGAGGAGCGCCAUAUGCUGACGUACAGCCUUGGCACGAGAACGACUGCCGCAGUAUUCGCAUGCCUCAUGCUCCAGCCUCCUGGUUUCAAACCAGAAAGAAUCAUCUGCAACUUCAUUCCGAACGAUACGCCAGUAUGGAUUACAUGGAGAAAAAAGGUGUUGGAAGUCAUGAAGACGCGCGAUGGCAGCCGAGAUGCUUGCUACAGUUUACUCGAGAUGACCGACAAGGAGAAAGAGGAUUUUGGGGCGGGUAAAGGACAGCUUCUCAAAAACCUCUUGGAAGACGCUAAAACUGCAUAUGAUCUGGCCAUGGAAGUGCAGAAGUGGUUGCCAGUGAAGGAAAAACAAAAUAAUGGAACGACUUGUCCAGCUGUCCACCAGUAA